GAGGAUCGCAUUUUCUGUUGCACUGGACGAAACCACGCUCCAAAAACAGGGGUGUUAGCCUCCAUGAACAACUUGAAUGACCCUCCCAGAUGGAACAUCCAACCAGACCCCAGAGGAAGCGGGGUGGGGGCCGGUGAUGGCAACCAGUGGAACUACGCCCUACUGGUCCCUAUGCUGGGACUGGCUGCGUUUCGUUGGAUUUGGACCAGGGACUCUCAGAGGGAGAUCCAGAAGGUCAAAUCCCAGUUUGACAUGGAUGUGUCCACGGUCAAAAGCGAGAUGGAGGCACGGUAUCGAGAGACACUGACAGAAAGGAGUAGGGCAGUGGCUACAUUAGAGCUGGAGCUGGAGAAGGAGAGACAGAGGGUCAAAGGCUACAAGCAGGCCAUCAUUUCACAGAGCCAGCAACUGAUAGAAGAACGGAAACAGCUACAACAGGAGCAAGCGGCCUUGGAGGCAGAGAAACAAAGGCUGGUGAAGUCUGGCACUGCAGGUGCUGCGCUGCAUCAUGCCCUGGAGCUAGAGAAUGACUGGUACCAGCGGGCCACUGCUGCUCUAAAGGAAUUAGAAGGUCUGCUCGUGGAGCGCCAGAAUGCUUACUGCUCCCUCAUCCAACCUCGAGAUCAGCGGCUGGAAAUGGAGAAGAACAUGCUGAUAAGGGUCGUCAAAGAUCCCAUCACAGCAGAACUGGAUGUGGAGUCUGGCCUGAAGGAUAUUUUUAAGAGAGAUAAACACUGUGCAGAUCUGCUGAACAUGGACAAGAGGAAGAAUGGAAGUCUCAUGUGGGUGUACCUCAAGUACUGGCAGCUGCAGGUCCAGUUGAGAGAAGAAAAAGAGAGAGAAAAAAGCCAUAUUAGGAGGGAAAAUCCAGUUUCAGACAAAGUGACAGCAAAGAAAGAUACACUAUUGUUUCUCAUUUGA